CCCUCUCCGUGGUGCGCCUGAACUCCGGUACCUGACACCGCAGAGCGUGUCCAGCGGUUGAGGGGACGCAGACGCACAGAGAGUCGCUUGGUCCUAUUUAACUUUUACUUUUGUUAUUAAAACUUCUGCGUCAUAUUCCCCCCUUAAUAUUUUCUUCUUUUUUUCAUCCUCACCACUGACAGACUGAGUUUGGAUAUCGGCAGGGGAGGAGGAGGCAGAGGACCAGCGGGCUGCUCUCAGAUGGAGCACCAGGGCUCCUGGAGCUUAGGGCGCACGGCGGACCCGGAGUGAAUGACGUUGGUGGAUGGACGCCGCUCCCCGGUACAGGCUGUUCACAGCACGGCCAUGACGGGCACCCAAGAGCCAGACGUGUAUGAGCAGCACGGAGGACCAACACAGAAGAAAGAGGAUGAGGAGGAGGAGGGGGAGAAGGUGCAUGUGUCAGUUGAGGGAGAGGAGAGGGAGCAGGACGGGGAGGAAGAGGAGGAGGAAGAGGAAAAGGAGGAGCUGCCGUACCCAUCUCUAGCACCAGUGGUACUUUUGGUUCUGACCCAAAACAGCCCACCCCGCUCCUGGUGCCUUCGAGCUGUCUGCCACCCAUGGUUUGAGCGUGUGAGCAUUUUGGCCAUCCUGCUGAAUUGUGUGACUCUAGGGAUGUUCCAGCCCUGUGACCACACCCCCUACUUGCUGCAGGCUCUGGAUGAUGGGAUCUUUGUGUUUUUUGCCGGGGAAAUGCUGAUGAAAAUGGUGGCUCUCGGAGUCAUAGGUCAGAGCGGCUACCUGGGCGACACAUGGAACAGAUUGGACUUCUUCAUUGUUAUAGUGGGAAUGCUGGAGUACUCGCUUGAUGGACACAACGUCAGCCUGUCAGCUAUCAGGACAGUCCGGGUUCUCCGCCCACUGCGAGCCAUCAACAGAGUUCCCAGUAUGCGCAUCCUGGUGACCCUCCUCUUAGACACACUUCCCAUGCUGGGCAACGUGCUGGCACUGUGCUUCUUUGUCUUCUUCAUCUUCGGCAUCGUCGGUGUGCAGCUGUGGGCGGGGCUACUGAGAAACCGCUGUUUCAUGGGAGAGGAUGUCAAGAUGAGAUACAACAUUUCCUUCCUGAGUGGCUACUAUCGGCCAGAUGGCACCGAUGACCAUCCAUUCAUCUGUUCAAUGGAAAGGGAAAAUGGGAUGCUUCGGUGCACUGAUGUGCCUCGCCGCCGUGUAGCCGGGACAUCCUGCUUCCUGGGAGCUGAGGAGGCCCGUCCAGGGAUGGGACUCAGAGUAGAUGAAACAGCGUCAUGUGUAAACUGGUACCAGUAUUACAAUGAGUGUCGGGCUGGGGAAAUAAACCCACACAAAGGAGCUAUUAACUUUGAUAACAUUGGAUAUGCAUGGAUCGCCAUUUUUCAGGUAAUUACUCUAGAAGGUUGGGUGGACAUCAUGUACUACGUUAUGGAUGCACAUUCUUUCUACAACUUCAUCUACUUCAUCUUCCUCAUUAUAGUGGGCUCCUUCUUCAUGAUUAACCUGUGCCUGGUCGUCAUAGCAACCCAGUUUUCUGAAACAAAGCAGAGAGAACACGCCUUAAUGAAAUCGGAGCAGCACGCCCGCCAGCUCCACCAAUCAGCUUCCACGCUGGCCAGCGACAGCCAACCAGGUAGCUGCUAUGAGGAGAUCAUCCGCUACCUGGCACACCUGGGCCGCAAGGCGUGGCGACGACUGUCCCGCUGCAUCGUUCAGACACACGCACACCUUCACUGCGUGUGCGUGUGCCAGAAAGACAGAGGCGGUGGAGCUGCCAGAGGGGGCGGAGCUGGGGAAAUGAACGGACUUGCCCACCGGCACUCAGGCCACGUGCCCAACGACCUGUCACACCUUCAUCAGCUUUACCACCAUCAUCACCAGCAUCAUCACCAGCAUCAUCAGCCUCAGACCGAGCCUGUUGUCAGUAAUGGAGGGAAUGGGUUUAAUUAUCCCUUCAUAUCGCCGCUCUUCAGUCACCUUGAUGCAAAGGGCCAGGGCCAGAAGAGUCUUGUCGCCACAGAGACUGUCAACAGACAGACGCAGCUGGUGGUGGAGCACGGUGGGUGCACUGGGCAUCCUGCAUUACCGUUGCCAGGUGAAGUCUCAGGAGAGUCCCCAGUAUGCCCGUAUUGCAUCUACUACAACCAACUUAGUGUCAGUGAAAAUGUUAAUGAACAGAUUGAAGACCAUCAUCAUGGGUACAGCAACUCAUGCCAUGGCAACAGCCCAUGUCAUAGUAACAGCCCAUGCCGCUGUAGCAGCCCAUGCCGCGGUGAUGCACAGGUGCCUGAACCAAAGAAAAGGCUAUGCAAGCGUUGCUGGGCGGGACUCCGAACUAAACUAGAUCUCAUCGUUGGCAGCAGAUACUUCAACAGAGGAAUCAUGAUUGCCAUCCUUAUUAACACACUUUCAAUGGGCAUAGAGUACCACGAACAGCCGCAGGAGCUGACAGAUAUUUUGGAGAUCUCUAACAUGGUGUUCACAAGUUUGUUCAGUCUCGAGAUGCUGCUGAAGGUGCUGGCUCUCGGCCUCUUUGGCUACAUCAAGAACCCCUACAACGGCUUCGACAGCAUCAUUGUCAUCAUCAGUGUGUGGGAGAUUGUGGGUGAGGCAGAGGGAGGCUUGUCGGUGCUGCGUACCUUCCGUCUGCUGAGAGUUUUGAAGCUAGUCCGGUUCCUUCCUGCCCUGAGGAGGCAGCUGGUGGUGCUCAUGAAGACCAUGGACAAUGUGGCCACGUUCUGCAUGUUGCUGAUGCUCUUUAUAUUCAUAUUCAGUAUCUUGGGGAUGCAUCUGUUCGGCUGUAAAUUUGGUUUGCGACAAGACAGUGGAGACACUUUACCUGACAGAAAAAACUUUGACUCCCUGCUCUGGGCAAUUGUCACUGUGUUUCAGAUCCUCACCCAGGAGGACUGGAAUGCGGUGCUCUAUAACGGGAUGGCCUCCACCACACCAUUGGCUGCCCUCUAUUUUGUAGCCCUCAUGACCUUUGGCAACUACGUCCUCUUCAACUUGCUUGUAGCCAUUUUGGUUGAGGGCUUUCAAGCUGAAGGUGAUGCCAACAGAUCUGAGACGGAUGACGAGAGACAAUCUCUUUCUUACGAGGAUGAGGAGAAGUUGAGAGAGCUGUACGCUGCAGAAGUUAAGAUCCAGGCCAUGAUGCUGAGCCCCAAUGGUCUCCUAAACCCAAAAGCCUCCAUGCCCCACCGUCUUCCUCCUUCUCCUCCUCCUCCUCCUCCUCCACUGCCGGUCAUCACACACACUGCAGCCACGCCUACCAUAAACUCCAGCCAGUCACGCCGGGCAAGUGGCGCUUCCAUGGACAUUAACAGCCUUGAGCCGAGGUCACUGAUGUCUUCACAGUCUCUGUGGGACAGUGGGCCAGAGAGCCGUCGCUCCAGCUGGACCAGCAUUGGCCGAGCCCCCAGCCUCCACAGGAAGAGCCAGUCGGGGGAAAUGGAGUCCCUGCUGUCCGACACACACACAAGCUCCAACGCUAGCAGCAGGGAGCACUCUCUGGACCAGCCGGAGUACCUGCAGGUGCCCAUGCUCCACCCGCCCGACUGCAACGGCACCACCUUUCACCUCCCUGACCGCUGCUACGAUGAUGCUCCCCUGGCCACGCUUUACCAUGGCGACCAGGAGGAGGAUGAGAUUGAGGAGAGUUUAUGUAAGAAGCUGAAGAAGUUGCUGGAGCCAUAUGAGCCUCAGUGGUGCCUGGAGCAUGAAGAGUGGUCUCUCUAUCUGUUCGCUCCACACAACCGGUUCAGGUCGUGGUGUCAGAGGGUCAUAGGUCACAAGAUGUUUGAUCAUAUCAUCCUCCUCUUCAUCUUCCUUAAUUGUAUCACCAUUGCUCUGGAGCGACCUGACAUACAGCCUGACAGCAUGGAGCGGGUGUUCCUCAGUGUGUCCAAUUACAUCUUCACUGUGAUCUUCGUGGGUGAAAUGAUGAUCAAGGUGGUAGCUCUGGGCCUGUACUUUGGAAAUGGUGUGUACCUGCAGAGCAGCUGGAAUGUCUUAGAUGGAGUGCUGGUGUUUGUGUCACUGGUGGACAUCCUGGUCUCCAUCGCAUCAGCAGGUGGUAAUCGAAUCUUAGGCAUCCUCCGCGUGCUUCGCCUGCUCCGUACACUGCGACCACUCAGGGUGAUAAGUCGAGCUCCUGGUCUAAAACUGGUGGUGGAGACUCUUAUCACAUCUCUCAGACCCAUUGGGAAUAUUGUCCUCAUCUGCUGUGCUUUUUUCAUCGUGUUUGGAAUUCUGGGAGUCCAGUUGUUUAAAGGGAAGUUCUUCUACUGUGACGGGCGCAAUGUGAGUAACAUCACCAAUAAAACCCAGUGUCUGGAGACAGGAUACCGCUGGGUUAGACGGAAAUACAACUUUGACAACCUGGGACAGGCGCUGAUGUCACUGUUUGUGCUGUCAUGUAAAGAUGGUUGGGUCAGCAUCAUGUAUGAUGGCCUGGAUGCUGUCGGAGUAGACCAGCAGCCAAUAAGAAACAACAACCCUUGGAUGCUGCUGUUUUUCAUCUCUUUCCUCCUCAUCGUCAGCUUCUUUGUGCUCAACAUGUUUGUGGGCGUGGUGGUGGAAAACUUUCACAAGUGUCGGCAGCAGCAGGAGGAGGAGGAGGCACGGCUGAGGGAGGAGAAGCGACAAAGACGGUUGGAAAAGAGGAGGAGAAAGGCCCAGGAGAAGCCAUAUUACGCUGACUACUCCCCAUUGCGUCGAUCCAUCCACACCGUGUGCACCAGCCACUACAUGGAUCUCUUCAUCACCAUCAUCAUCUUCACAAACCUCCUCACCAUGAGCAUGGAGCACUACAACCAGCCUCAGUACCUCGAGGAGAUACUGAAGUACUGCAAUUACGUCUUCACGGUGGUUUUUGUCAUCGAGGCCAUUCUCAAGCUCAUUGCUUUUGGCCUGCGCCGCUUUUUCAAAGAGAGAUGGAACCAGCUAGACCUCGCCAUUGUGUUGAUGUCCAUUAUGGGAAUCACACUGGAGGAAAUAGACCUGAAUGCCUCCCUCCCCAUCAACCCCACCAUCAUACGCAUCAUGAGAGUCCUAAGGAUAACAAGAGUGUUGAAGCUGCUGAAGAUGGCUACAGGAAUGAGAGCGCUGUUGGACACAGUGAUUCAAGCUCUGCCUCAGGUGGGGAAUCUGGGUCUGCUCUUCAUGUUGCUGUUCUUCAUCUAUGCAGCUCUGGGAGUUGAGCUCUUUGGAAAACUGGAGUGCUCAGAAGAGAACCCAUGUGAGGGUCUUAGUCGCCACGCUACCUUUGACAACUUUGGCAUGGCUUUCCUCACACUCUUCAGGGUGUCUACCGGGGACAACUGGAAUGGGAUUAUGAAGGACACGUUGCGAGAGUGUCGCCCACAGGAUCGGCACUGCCUCACCUACCUGCCCCUGAUCUCUCCCGUGUACUUCGUCACCUUCGUCCUCACGGCUCAGUUUGUGCUGGUCAACGUGGUCGUGGCCGUUCUGAUGAAGCACCUGGAGGACAGCAACAAGGAGGCACAGCUGGAGGAGAUGGAGGAGAGGGAGGAGAAGAGGGAGAGGGAAGAGAUGAAAGAGAGGGAGGAGGCCAACCGACGCCUCAGCACUGCAUCCGUGGGUGGAGACCUGUGGCCAAAUGCGGACACACCUGCCCAGGUGCAGGUUGAGGAUGAGGAGUGUUCCCAUGGCAACCUGCUGAGCAUGGGACGCAUGCUGUCUCUCCCCAGCGACAGCUACGUUCAGCCACUCAGAUGCUCCCCUUUUCCUCCCAUUGGCUAUGAGGCCCACUCCAGCUACAGCUACUCGGGCUCCAUGUCAUCUCUGGGCUCCAGUGGAGGUGGCUCACUGCUGCAGGUUCCUGGAGCUCUGCCUGCCAUCAGCCACGCUUCACUGGGGUCAGGCCGCAGCUUGAGGCCAAAGAUCUGCCUCAGCACCUCUCAGAGCAUCGACAGACACUCCCUACACAGACUCAGUCCAGCUGACAGUAUAGAGAAACACAGGCUUAGUCCGGCUCACAGAAUAAACAGACACAGACUCAACUCAGCUCACAGCAUUGAUGGAUACAAGUUCAGCCCGGCCCAUCGAAUAAACAGACACAGACUCAGCUCUACUCACAGUAUGGACGGAUACAGGCUUAAUCCAGACCACAGCACAGACAGACCUAAACUCAUGUACAGCCACAGUAUAGACAGACAUCCCUCACUCAGAGUGAGUCCCACCCACAGUGCCAGCAAACAUCCUUCACAUUGGCUCAGUCCUGAAGACAGCUUAGACAGAAACAAGCUGAGUCCCUCCUACGUUCCAGAUAGUUCAGCCCUAAAGAGACCAGCAUCCUUUCACACUGCCAGCAGACAGUUACGGAGACAGAAGGCUGUGCGCUGCGACUCUUUGGAUCAGAGCGAUUCAGCUGACGAUCUGGCAGAGCCUAACCUCACUGUGCCCGCCAUCUCUUCCACGCCACCACGCCAGCGAUCGUCCAGUGUACACACACUGAAAUAUAAACACCCCCAGAGGGUCAUCUCAUGCAGGAGCCACAGCCGGAGCUACAGUGAAACCACUGGACAAGAACAUGUACGUGACCAGGCCAUCUGUGGCUUGCCGCCAGAAACAGAUGUCGAGAAGAGGCCUGUCAGCCCUCAGAGCCUGUCCAGUCUGAAGGUCCCCAGUGUUGAAUCCACCUUAUCAGCGCAGCUUUGUAGCUCCAGCCCCCACCCCAGCUCCGACCCCAGCGCCCAGUUAGACGACACCGACGAGGAAGUCAGACGUAUUAACAGUUCUGUUCACACACACUCACACACACAACUUCCUCCCAGCUCCUCACACAAAAGCAGACACCUUACCCCAAGCCCCGAGGAGCACAGGAGCCGCCUAAGCCAAUCUGUGUCUCCAGUGUCGGGCAAGAACAGGAAGCAGAGGAUGAGCCCGCCACCAGGAGAAGAGCCAGUUACUAUGGCAACCCAGCUGAUGGACAGCCGUGUUGAUUUGAGAAGGCGGACUAUGUCAUUUGACGCCACAACCCCCUCUCCUAAUCAACCAGAGGGAAGUUCUGUGGAUGACUAAAUAAAGGUGCUGAAUUGGUUAUUCUAUACUUAAGUGGAGGAGCCUGAUGUGCUGCUGAAGCACACGAGAGGGGCGGGAGCCGCAAUCCAAAACAGGAAGGAGACUUGUUACCUGUUUUGGGCCCCAACCCGUCGCCUCGUCCCAUUCAAUCACAAGAUUUUCACAGGGUGUGUGAGAACUCUUAUUGACUGUAUGUGUAUGAGUGUGUAUGUGUUCAAAGAUGCACACAAGAAGACGUUUCCUUUUCUUCUAUCAUAGUCCUAGCUUUAGUUCUGACAUAGUACUCACUCUCCUGCUAUAUUUACUCAAACACUAACCUUCCCCUUGCUUGCUCUGCUCCUUCUUCCCUCAUUUUUAUUAUUUUCCCUGCACAUCACAGCCUCGGUCAGUGUACGAGACAAAAUUACCCGAAAGGUGCAGUACAGAUUAAGUUACAGACUGAUCUGCUUAUGUGCACAUGGUGAUGAUGACAAUGAAACAACACAGUUCAAUUACUUUCUAUAAAAUAUCAGAAAGAAUAGAAAAAGGUUCAUCAUAAUUUCUAAAGGUGACAUCUUCAACUAGCUUUUUUUUGUCCCACCAUGAGUCCAAUAUCCUUAUCCAAAAAUAUUCAAUUCACUACACACAUCAUGUUAUAAUGGAAAUGCUACAAAUCUCCACAUUUAAGAGGCCUGAACCAUCAACUAUUUUGUAUUUUUGCUUAAAAAUUGAUUGAUUUGCCAGAACUGUUUCCUUUAAGUACAAUUUCCCAAUUUCUCGCUCUGUUGUGCAGAAAUUAGUUUAUGUUUACAAAAGAAAAUGAUUUUUAAGUGAGAAACUUUAAAGCUAAAGCUAAAAGAUAAUUUUAUAUGUAAAUGCUUUAUUUGUAAUUGCACGCUUAUAUAGAUUGGUGCAGGCACAUUAGAGACUUAUUCCUCCCCAAAAAAUGAUUUGUGCAGCAGCUUCUUAAAAGUCAAGCAAAAUAAGAAUCUUAUCUCUAAGUCAGAGUUUUUGUUUUUUAAUGACUGAUUUUUUUGUACCUCUUAACCUACGGUAAACUGCCACUGGAAGUUGCUUGAUCAUUCUCAGAUUGCAACCAAACAUGGGCAUCUUUGUGAUGUUUGAGAAACCUCCCACGCCUGAAUCCACCCAACCCUGACAGUCAAAAAAAUCAAUUUGCGCUUAGAUCCUCUGAGUUAAAAUCGUGUAGUGUGGCCUAGGCUUUAGUAGUUUCUACCUCGCUUUUUUCCUGAUCCCACCCAUUCGAAUGUUCAGUCAGCUUAGUUUCUCACCCCCUCCACUUUCCUUUUCUCUGUCUUAGUAUUCUCAGGGUAGAGGUAGUUCAGAGGCAGGUGAGUUUGAAGCAUGUUAUCAGAGGUCUGCAGAGUUAGAUUGCCCCCUGCUGUCUGAAGCUGGAGCUUGCCUGUCUCUCCUGAAGUCUGAAGAGAAUAUACUGUGGGUGCGAGGUGAAAUUUAGACAGAAGCAGCUGUUCAGAAGGGCUUAUUCAAGUAUUUCAGCCAGAAAAAGAUUAUAUUUUAUUAACAGUGAUGAUAUGAGAACUACAAAUGUGAAUUUGUAGUUUUCUUCUCAGAAUAUGAAUGUCAAUGUAUCUGGUUCUGGUGAUGAUGGAUGAAGAUGUCAGCAUAAUAGGAUGUUGAUUAUGAUGAUGAUGAUGCUGAUGCUGCUGCUGCUGCUGCUGAUGAUGAUGACUCCAGAAAAUGCAAAUGUUCAUAAUAUUAUAUAAAGCUCCUGCAGAAUGAAAGCAGGGAAUGAUAUACAGGAAGCUCACCUGCAGUCACAUUAUUGGACAGUGCUGGAAUAAAACCACUUCCUGUCUGACUUUC